AACAUUGCAAAAUUUUCGCGUACAUAGUUGCACUUCCGGAAAUUUAAAGACUGAAUCAGAAGACAAUCUACAUGAACAAAUUAUACAGGGUCAAAUAGGACGCUUUAAGAACACACAAGCUUAAUUCAUUUCGUGAUGAACAUACAGUAUAAAAAGCUUUGAUUAAAGUUGAAAAUAACCAUGUCUGCAACAAGGACAAUGAUGUCACAAAAUGUGGCAAAGGAUAGAAUCGUUACAAAAUUCCCACAGGCUUUCCAUCCAGAUGCUACACCUUAUCAGAAGAUGAACUUUCACCCUAAGGUCAAGGCUGCAUGUACUGAUAACAAGACAGGCAGAGUUGGGUUAAAAAUUUGUAAAGCUGUGUUAGUUGGGGACGUGUCAGUAGGAAAGACUAGCCUAGUGAACAGAUUUUGCCAUGAUGUAUUUGACAGAGAUUACAAAGCCACUAUAGGUGUAGAUUUUGAAGUAGAAAAAUUUAGUCUGUUAAAUGUACCUUUCACUUUACAAAUAUGGGACACAGCAGGACAAGAACGAUUUAAAUGUAUAGCAGCAUCUUAUUAUAGGGGUGCUAAUGUGACAAUAGUUGUAUUUGAUUUGUCAGAUGAAUCUUCAUUAUCCAAUGUAGCACGCUGGAUGGAUGAUGCUGCUGGGAAUUCUUCUGAUCCCAUCAAAUUUGUUGUUGGUACAAAGAAAGAUUUAGUAUCGCCAGCUGCUUUGGAAUCAAUUGAACAGAAUGCAGUAGAAAUAGCUAAUUCAUUAGGGGCUGAGUUUUGGGCUGUUUCAUCCAAAACAGGUGAGAAUGUGAAAGAGUUUUUCUUCCGAGCAGUAGCAUUAACAUUUGAAGCUGCUAUUUUACGAGAGAUAGAUACUACUGGUGCUGGACCUACCAAACAGAUUGGUAAUGAUUUAAUCAAAGUUGACAAUGAAAAUGUAUUUGAAAGAAGAAACAAGAAGAAUCCUUUAGGAAAAUGCUGUGAUAUGUAAAAACCCUGUCUUCCAUGUGCCAUCAAUAACAUUAGGCAGAUAUCAACUGCAGUUAACACCAGAAUCUUAUAUUCUAUAUUUUUGGCAUAUAAAUGUCUGUUAUAGAUAACAUGUUCAAUCAUUUGUUAACAUUUUACUUGCAAAUUAUCAAAUUUGUUUACAUUUUUGCAGAAGCUUUCUAAACAAAUGUUAAAUGUUGAAAUCAUAAAUGCUUUGGUGAGAGAGCUACCUAAGGAAACUUAACUCCAGAUUUACCAUAGAUUUACCUGAUCCAUUUUCCAACAGCUAUCAGUUUAAAAACUCUUCAGUUAUAACUGAUUUUUUCAAGAAAAAGGGUUAAUAGAUAAAUGGUUUCUGUAUUAAUGUAUUAAGAUAUAUAAAAUAAAUGGUUGUGGUGAAUGCAAAGGAAACACUGAUUUUACACCAGGAAAUUAUAUUAAAUGCACUAAAACUAAUGUUUUAACUUAUUAUUCCAUAACAUAUUUUUGAAAAUUAUCUAGACAGUGUCUUUAGCCUGGAAUAUAAAGUUCAUCUAAAUUAAAUGUCCUGUAAAGGAUUAACUUAAUUAAUUGAAAAAUGCCAAACAGUGUACAUAUAUUUUUAAUUGGUAGAUUCCUUAUUUGGUCUUUGUUAAAUUGUUUGUUAAGAAUUUAUUUUUGGUUUCUUGAAUAUAUUGGUCAACAUUAAAUAAGUAUGUGUAUUAUUGUGUCCACUUAUAAACAUUUGAUCUUGUUUUUGUUAUAGAGGUUUGAUUCUCUUCAAUUUAACUGAUGGGAAUUGGAUUACAUUAGUCAUCUUCAAUCA